AUGUUGCCGACAAUGACGAAGAUUGCUAGGAACUCGGGGACGUCGCAACAGUGGAAGAUCGAUCAUUUGCGGUUGUUUCCGGUGACGGAUAACCACCACCUCCCCGCCGUAGUCACUUAUUUUUCUUCUUCUUCUGUUCCAUCGACCAUCGGUACCAUUCGACGCCUCGUCACCAUGGUGAGCCGUCGUCUUGCUCAUCGUAUUUUUCGUGGCCGACGACGACUAGGACGCAAGUGUGUUAUCAGCUGGAUUCAUAAUCUUGAUAGAAAACCUAUCAAGUCCAUGGCUAAAAAAUCUUUCCCUGGUGUGUGGUACAAUAUUUCUACGGUGAUUCGUGAUUUGGAUGACAUCGAAAUUGAUUAUUAUUCCGUUUUUGAUAUCCGCAUAAAGUCGGGCACGAGUACUCUCUUCUGGUGUGAUAAAUGGAUUGGUGUAAACAAUCUCGCCACCCUCUUCCCAUCUCGUUUUGAAGUGGACAAGAAAAAAUCAUGUCUGGUUUCAGAGAGAAUGGACCCAAAUUCGAUUAACUGGGCUUGGAAACGAGCUCCCAGCAGCCUCGUGGAGAUCAUUGAAUUUUCUGAUAUCACUGAUUGCUUGGAUUCAGUGGUUAUGAUUGAUGGCAGUGAUUUGUGGAAAUGCUCCUUAUCCUCCGAAGGGAAUUUUUAUGUUUGUGACCUCCGAAAGUUGAUUGAUUCUAAAUUGACUGUUCUGACCUUAAGCUUCUCUUUAAUGGCGGUUCUUAGUCUCCCUUCUUUCUUGCUCAUCUUCUUCUUCGUCUUCUCUGCUGCAUUACCAGAGGUUAAAGCACAACAAGCUAAAGACGAACCUUAUGUGGGAGUUAACAUAGGAACAGAUGUCUCAAAUUUACUUCCACCUGCAAAAUUAGUGUCAUUCUUGCAACAACAAAAGGUAACCCAUAUCCGUAUCUAUGAUUCCGACCCGGAAAUCCUCAAAGCCCUAUCAAAAACCAAGAUUCGGGUCAUCGUUUCAGUACCCAAUAACCAAAUCCUCGGUAUCGGGUCAUCCAACACCACCGCAGCAAACUGGAUCAACAAGAAUGUCGCCGCAUUCUACCCGGACACCCUCAUCACCACCGUGGCAGUCGGCGAUGAGGUGUUAACCACCGUCCCUUCGUUAUCUUCCAUGUUAAUGCCCGCCAUUGAAUCGCUUUACAGUGCUUUAGUCGCAUCAAAUUUACAUACCCAGAUCAAAAUCUCCACCCCGCAUGCUGCCAAUAUCAUUCUCGAUCCAUUCCCACCUUCACAAGCUUAUUUCAAUCAAACCAUUUCGCCUGUUGUCGUCCAGCUUCUUAAGUUUCUUUCAAGGACUAGUUCGCCAUUGAUGAUGAACAUGUACCCGUACUAUGUGUUUAUGCAAAACAAAGGAGUCGUCCCUCUUGAUAAUUCGUUGUUUAAACCAUUAACACCUUCGAAAGAGAUGGUCGAUCCGAAUACAUUAUUGCAUUACACAAACGUUCUUGACGCCAUGAUCGAUUCCGCUUAUAACUCAAUGAAGAAUCUAAACGUUUCCGAUGUUUUGGUUCUUGUAACUGAAACUGGUUGGCCUUCAAAGGGAGACUCAAAAGAACCAUACGCAACAAUCGAUAAUGCGGAUACAUAUAAUUCGAAUUUAAUCAAACAUAUUCUUGAUCGAAGUGGGACACCUUUGCAUCCUGAAUACACUUCUAGUGUUUACAUAUACGAAUUGUUUAACGAAGAUUUGAGGUCGACUCCUGUUUCUGAAGCGAAUUGGGGGCUUUUUUAUGCAAAUUCGACUCCUGUUUACUUGCUUCAUGUAUCUGGAAGAGGUGAAUUUUUAGCGAAUGAUACUACGAAUCAAACGUUUUGUGUUGCAAUGGAAGGGGUUGAUGGUAAAACAUUGCAAACUGCUUUGGAUUGGGCUUGUGGGCCCGGAAGAGCAAAUUGUUCAGAAAUUCAACCAGGGGAAACUUGUUAUUCACCUAAUAAUGUUCAAAAUCAUGCUUCAUAUGCAUUUGAUAGUUACUAUGAAAAAGAAGGAAGGUCUACAAGUUCUUGUGAUUUCAAAGGUGUUGCCAUGAUCACAACUACUGAUCCAAGUCACGGGGUCUGUGUAUUUCCAGGAAGUAAGAUAAUAAGCAAUAGAACGAACACAGUGGUGAACUCGACCAAUGCAACAAGUGGCAUGGAAACAUCAAGAUUCGUUGGGGACAAUUUACGUGUUUUUUGGGGACUGAUUAUUGGUGUCAUCUUCUGUUUAUUUAUUUUGUGACCUCAAAGAAAAAAGAAAGAGGAAGAUGGAGCUUUUGAUUCUUUUUUAUGGGUUUAAAUAUUUUGUAUAAUGUUGUAUUUAGUGUUUAGGGUAAUUCAUGGUGGAAGUCGAGAAUAAAUAGAUGAGUUUGAGCAUGUUUUAUCCUCCAUAAAAAUGGUUUUGCUCAACAUUUUGGUUGUGUAAGAUGUUGAAAAUUCAAGCAUUAGUAGCCUAGUGUUGUUUUGUUUCGUUAUCCAAGGGCUUGAAGGAAUAAAUU